AUGGCUUCACUCAGCGGCAACCUGGGCCAGCUUGCCGCUCUCUUCUCUCAGACGCUGAACCCCUCUACCCGGCGAGAAGCAGAGCAGAAUCUGACGGAUCUCGAGUCGAAUAGGGAUGCCAACCUUUCAGCUUUGCUGCUGGAUUUGAUUGCCAGUCCAGGCGCAACGCCUCCAGUGCGUCUAGCAGCAGCCGUCAAGUUGAAGAACAUCUGCAGAAGAGCUUGGGCAGAGGAGGACGACGCAGAUCUAGCGGAACCGGAAUUGGUGCAGGGAGAAGCCAGGGAAGCCUUGAAAACUAGACUGGUCCCUUUGUUGGGUCAGCUGAGCAGCGAUGUGAAUGUGGCCAAUGCACCAGGCGUGGCAAGCUUGAGGAUACAGCUUUCGGAGUGCGUCGCUCUGAUUGCUGCCAGGGACUUUCCACAACAAUGGCCCGCUCUGCUCGACGAGCUGGUAGGCGGACUUGCCCUUCAGCCAGACUCGACAGCACUGGCUGCAGUACUCCAGACCUGCCACAGCAUCUUUCGCAGGUGGAGAGCCGCUUUCAGAUCAAACGUCUUGUACGAAGACAUCAACCUCGUGCUUGCCAAGUUUGCCAAACCUUAUUUGGACCUGCUCCAGGUGAGUGAAGGCGUGGCUAUUCAAUGUGCAGCAUGCAUCUCACUUCACUGCUGCAACGACUGCAUCAUCGCUACAGCGGACAGAUGCUGCGCUCCAAAGCGCGACAGCCGGCUCCGCUGCGACAUUAGGAUCCACACUGGUGCUCGUGUUGCAGAUCUACCACGAUCUAUCAGCUCAGGAUCUUCCACCGGACUUUGAAGAAAACAUCUCUUCUAUUCUGCCUCUGCUUUUGCGGUACCUGCAUCCAACAUCGGUCGAUUCGGGUCUGUACGUGGCCAACCAAGCGCUCGCAGCGCCGCUCGAAGGGGACCCGGAUGAUGCUUCGCCUGCCGCGGGACAAAAGGCCAGAGCGGAGAUCUGCGCCAUCGCAGAAUUGUACGCGCAAAGAUAUCUGGACGUAUUUGAGACCUUCGUUCCCCAGUACGUCAAAGCUGUUUGGGAAAUGCUCGGCCAGGCUGGGAGAGGCGAGAAAUUCGAUUUGGUGAGUGCGGCGAUGAUUGAGCCGUGAUCCGCAGUCUGCUCGCUUUCUGCCAGAGCUCGCGUACUUGUAAUGGACUCACUGUGACGCGGCCGCCUCUCGCUACACGCUCAGCUUGUGACGAGAGCGAUCUCCUUCCUAUCGACAGUAGUGCGAAUGCCAUCCCAACGAGCGACUUUCGAGUCAGAGGCCACGUUGGAGGCUUUCAUUCAGGCCAUCAUUCUGCCCAACAUUAGCUUGAGAGAGCAGGACGAGGAGAUGUUUGAGGAUGAGCCCAUCGAGUGGGUGAGGAGGGAAUUCGCGACCGUCGGGAUUGAAGGUGGAGGUGAGUGUCUUGGCAUAGGUGGCCACGCGGUUCGCCGCUCGAGCUGGCAAGGCUCAUGAUUCGCUCGCUCGCUGCGUCAGACAAUGACACCAGGCGCAAGAGCGCCACAACCUUUACGAAGGCCCUUCUGGAGGUGUUCCCACAGCAGAUUACUGCGAUCAUCUUGCGGUACAUCAACCAGUAUCUGCAAGAGUACGCCGCAGCUCCUCAAGAAAAAUGGAGGGGAAAGGAUACGGCCGUGUACCUCUUGAGCAGCAUUGCGAGCACAGGUGGAACAAGCCAAGGUGCUUCGUCGAUGAAUGCGCUCGUGAAUGUGGUUCAAUGGUUCAGCGACAAUGUCUUCGGCGACUUGCAAGCCGAUUCGGACUCAGUGCAUCCCAUCUUGCAAGUGGAUGCCAUCAAGUAUCUGCACACGUUCAGACAACAAUUGACAAAGGAGCAGCUAUUGUCCGUGCUUCCUUUGCUCGUGAGGCAUCUCGAGUCUCAAAAUUACGUCACUUGCUCUUAUGCGGCCAUCACCAUCGAAAGGGUGUUGUUUCUCAAGCAACAAUCUGGGCCAGAGACCGGCAAGCUGCUGUUCUCAUCGGAAGAUGUGCAGCCAUUUGCUGAGAGCAUCUUAAUGGCGCUGUACAGGAACAUUCUGGGCGCGACCACCCCCGAGAAGAUGGCGGAGAACGACUACCUUAUGAAGUGCGUCAUGAGAGUGAUUUUGACAUGCAGGGAAAGGCUCGCACCCUUCUAUCAGCCAAUCCUGGAAUCUCUCAACAGCAUCUUGACUGAGAUUAGCAAAAACCCGAGCAACCCCAAAUUCAGCCAAUACACUUUUGAGAGCAUCGCUGCCCUCAUCAGGUAUGUCGCUGCUGCAGAUCCCAACAGUAUCGCCACCUUCGAAUCUACCCUUAGCCGACCCUUCUCGACGAUCUUGCAAGGCGAUGUGGCCGAAUUUGCACCGUACGUCUUUCAAAUUCUAGCCCAGAUGCUCGAGCUGCACAAGUCGACGGAUGGGUCACUACCCGAAAUCUAUACCGGACUGCUACCUUCUCUACUUACGCCCACCCUGUGGGCGUCCAGAGGCAAUGUCCCUGCCUUGGUCCGCUUGCUUCAGGCAUACCUUGAUCGGGGAUCAGCACAAAUCGUCGCGGAAGGCCGAAUUGGAGCGAUGCUGGGCAUUUAUCAACAGCUCAUCGCCAGCAAGAUCAACGACGAGCAUGGCUUCGCCCUCCUGAAUAGCCUGUUCGAAAACUUGCCAAAGGAACAGAUGAACCAGUACAGAGCUGCUGUGCUCACCCUCAUGCUCAACAGACUUCAAACGAACAAGACUGAAAAGUUUAGCAGAGUGUUUGUCGAGUUCUUGGCCCGGUGGGCUUGCGUACAGCAGGAUGGCUAUCCUUCCUACGUCAUCCAGUCCUUCGAUGCUGUGCAGCCCGGGUGAGUCCGGAAUGCAUACGUGUAGAAGUCCUUCGCACAACGACUCAACGUUCCUGAACCUCUUGUCGCGCGCAGGCUUUUCCCUCAAAUCGUUGACGGCAUCGUGAUUGGCGAAUUGGCCAAAAUCCCUCAGCGCACCAAGCGCUUGGUGGCCGUGGGCUUCUCGAGGCUUUUGACGGAAAGCCCAGAGUUCCUUCACACUCCUAACGCCAAUGCCUGGUGCGUACUGUGCGACGUCGGUUGAUGGCGAGCAACGUGCUAACGCUUGCGUGGUUGUCGUUUCCCGCGCUUGGCGCAUUUCCUAGGCCGAGCCUUUUGAGUGGUAUCCUUCGGCUUUUGCAAGACAGAUCCAUUGCUUCUACAGGGGACAGCAGCAGCGCAGCAGCAGAAGAGAUCUUUGCGCAAGAUUGGGAAGAGACGGGCUUUCAAGCUAGCUUUAGCGUCAUCGUUUCGAGCGCCCCACCCAAUAGGGAUUGGACUUCCUUUGCGAAUGCGGAGCCGGUCGAGUACCUAUCUAGAGGUAUUGCGAUCGCUUCGAAGGCUGUUCCAGGCGUGGUGAGUUGAUCAAGGCGCUGUGCUGUGCUGUUCUGGGUGCGUCGUCUGCUGAAUACUUGCUGCGGUCCAUCUUUCAGGUCCCGCAGCUCUUGUCGAGAACCAACGCCGAGCUUAGACAGCCUCUGGAAGCUUACAUCGCCCAGUCUGGUCUGUCCAUCUCUUGA